AAGAAAGAAUUGCGCUCAGUCCCAGGCUGGGAGUUCCCUGUCACCCAAGGGAGUUAAGAAAGAUUCAAAAACAGUUACAAUAUAAGGCAGGGUGUUGUCCAAGCGGGUUACCGUCCCUCCCCCCAGGUCACCUCUGCAGUCCCCUUAGGUGUCCAGGGCUUACAGAACCUUGGGGACUCGGCACAGGGCAGAAGCAAGAACACGUGGUUCCCGCCCCUCUACCUCCGCCCGCACGGAAGCUAGCGGAGGUGCCUCACCUGCGCGUGCACAUGCGCAUGACGCCCUCAGUGCAUCGCUGUUUCACGCCCCUUCCCCGAGAGCGCCGGUAACUACAUCCCCCGCGAUCCUCUGCGCCUCGAGCGGCAGCACUUCCGUCUGGGAUUGUAAACAGCGGUGAGUCCAGGUUGGGCCCGGAGCCCCCGCGGCGGCGGCGGGACGAUGGCGGGGCUCGGGCCGUCCGGGGUCUCUGGAGCUGAAACGGACGCCGGGGCCUGGGAGCCUAGAAGGAGGGGCCUCGGCCGCCGCUGAGUGGGCCGGGCCAGGCAUGGGGAACUGCCUGUCUUCUCAGCGGUCCGGCAUCAGGGCCGGGACCGAGGGACGGGAACCAAUCCCAGUGUACCAUCCAUCUCCAAGCCAGAGCCGACUGGCCGCACAGCUCACAGAGGAGGAGCAGAUCCUCAUCGCCCAGAGAAUUGGCUUCAUCCAGCACCUGCCCAAGGGCAUCUUCGACCCUGGCUCUGAGGGGUCAGAAAAGAAAAUGAAAGAGUGUGUGAUCUGCAUGUUGGACUUUGUGUAUGGGGAUGCCAUACGCUUCUUGCCAUGCCUGCACACCUACCACGUCCACUGCAUUGAUGACUGGCUCAUGCGCUCCCUCACAUGUCCCUCUUGCAUGGAGCCAGUGGACACAGCCCUGCUUUCCUCCUAUGAGACAAGAUGAAUAUGGAGCCUGGCAGCCAACAUGUCCCCCAGGCCUACUCAGCUAAACUUAAUCCUGUGGAGCAGGGAUGCAGAAAGGGAAGCUGCAUGACAUGAUUUCACACAUAAUGGCUCACCAGAGGAGGAACUACUGCCUUCAACAUAGACGAGACCCUCUCCCCAAUCCCAGGGUAUAGCCCUCCUUUCUGUUGGCAGGGGCUCUUGUCUAGUCACUUUGGGUAGUCCCAGGCUACCCCCAACGUAGGGGAAGGGUGACUAGAGAGGAGCUUCAUAAAUAAUUAUCUCUGGGCUAUUUCCAGUAGAAGAGAUGAACUGGGCCCCUGAUCAUGUAAAAGAUAAGCAAUAAAAUGUGUUGCAAAUAAAAUGGGACCCUCUGUGCUGUUUGCAAUGGGAAUCAGGACUGGAGAAAACCUUCAGGGGCAUUCAGUCCCUACUGUUGUGUCAGAUCCAAAGGAACAAAAUUAAGUCCAAAAUGAAUGAGAACCCAAAUCCUAAUGGUUUCCCAAGAAGGGAUGGUCACAGCCCAUUCUAAGCAUGAUACUUGUAUAGGGAUAUCUUGGAAGACUACAAUUUGGCUCACCCCAAACAGUGGAUAGAGUUGCUCUUCACUUCUGUAAAGACUAGGAACUUGCAGGAUGUUGUACUGAGCUCAGAUCCUAUCUUCUUAUCCCAUUAUUUUCCUGAUGAACCUGGGGCAGAGCUCCAGAAAACUAAUGCCUCAUAUCCACAGCUGGUGAAGGCUAUUUAGGAUGCGGAUUCCUAUAGGGCCUAGGGCAUUCCCAGAAAGCAGCUUCCAGGGCACCAGGUUAUCAGUAGACUUCAUUCUCCCUGGGGCCUGGCAGUUAAGAAAUGAAAGCAGGAAGAACAGCUAAUCAAUGUGUUUUCUGGAUUCAAAUCCAGACUUUUUGCCUCUUGUA